UUAUUGAAAUGAUAGGUGGGUACUGUGGGUAGGCUUUGAUCGCAUUGAAUUUCACAAAUUAAUUAAUUUACAUAUCGCGUUCGACAUUAAAGUGCGAUUUUAUCAUGUAUAUCAGUGAGCGUUAAAUGUGAAAUUCAAAUUUUUAAAUCGAACUGUUUGUGCAGUGUUAGGACGAAAUAUAAAACGGCGAGUGACGCUGACUGGUGUUGAUGUCAGAAAUCCAUGUUUUGCGACAAAACAUUGUGUAAAUUAUACAGGGAGUGAACAAGUCGCCAGUAUGGCUAGCUCCAAAGACAAUAAUAGUAAUAAUGAGGCACAGGAAUCGUUGUUAUAUUCUGCCAGGCACGGAGAACUGUCUGUGGUCAAGGCGAUGUUGGAAGCGAAGGAUGAAGGGAAGUUGACUCUGGAUAUCAAUUGCAAAGGCAAAAACAAAACAAAUCUAGGCUGGACUCCGCUCCACUUGGCCACAUACUUCGGACAUAAGGAUGUAGUGGAAGCGCUAUUGGAAGCUGGUGCCAAUGUGGACGAGGUCAAUGACACCGGCGACUCGGCGCUACAUAAAGCCUCCUUUAUUGGAAAUGAGGAACUAGUAAUCCUUUUACUAAAAUACAAAGCUGACGUCAAUAUAAUGAACGGCGAAGGUAGGACGCCGUGUGACAUGUCUAAGACGAGAGACGUGCAGAGAUUGCUCGAGGCGGCUGGGAGGGCGGAGAGACACGAGAGGGAACUCAGACUACUGACAGCCGCCAAAGAUGGCAGGAUUGAUGAUAUUCAGGAAUUGCUAAGCAGUCCAAACCCUCCAAAUAUAAACUGCGUGGACGCGCAAGGCAACACGUGCUUGCAUUGCGCGGCGUACAGAGGACACACCAGACUCGCCGUGUUACUACUGCAGAACGGAGUCGAUACCACGCUUAGGAAUAAUAGCGGUCAGUUAGCUAUAGACAUGGCUAAGGACACAGAGAUGCGUGAAGUGUUAAGCGUGCGACCCGUGCAGCGGCUGCAGAGAACUGCCGCGAGGUUCGAGGGUCCGUUGCUGAAGAGGUCGCGGUUCUUGGGGUGGAGACCAGUUUGGGCGGUGGUCCAGCGCGGCGUGCUGCUGUACUACGGGUCCCGCGCGGAGGCGGCGCGGCCGGGCGCGGCGUGGCGCGCGCGCAAGUACCUGGACGCCGCCACGCUCAGCGCCGUCGGUACCGACCCCGCCGCCAUACUGCUGCGCUUCAGCGACGGAGACACGCACCGCCUCGCCGUGCAGGCCGAGCGGGACAUUCCUGCGUGCAGACAACAAUGGGUGACAGCAUUGAACGAGCACAUUGCAUACUCGGGCCACUACCUAUGGGCGGGCGCGUCGCCCGACUCCGCAAGGGAAGCCACCGAGGACUUGGAAGAUGAGUGUAAACCAUUGGGUUCGAUGCAGGACGCGCUGACGGCGGCGACCAACAGCCUGGCCCUGCUGGACACGCAGCUGCGCGAGUGCGCCGCCAUCGUGGCCGCGCUCGACAAGUCCGUCAACGUCGGCACCUCGCUGCAUCACUCCGCCUACAUGCGCUUCCAACACGUGUGUGGCACGGGCUCGGAGGCUCUGUCCGCGUUACGUCACUGCGCCGCGUUAGUCGCGCAGGCGAGGGACGCAGACUCCGCCCGGCUUAGUAGAGAGAUAGAGCGCAACCGUGUAUUAGAAGAGGCUCUCGCGGCGCUAGCAAGGACACAUCACGCGUUGGAGAUGUCCGUCGCGGAAGAACUUACCAAGAGCAAGAGAAAGAAAAAGUCGAAAUCAUCCUCUACUUUGAAUGACUCAAAAGAGAAUUUCUUUGAUGUUUUUGAAGAAUCCGAAGACGAGGACGAUACGUUGGUGACGGCCGGCCUGUCGAGUCCUCUCGGCGCCCUCAGUCCUUGGGGCAGCAGUCCGGACCUCACCAGGCGGACACCUAUAGGGAGUCUAGAUGGCGACAAGACUCCAACAAACGAGGAACAAGAGGAGCGUUACUUGCGUCGCCUGUCGGGCUCGUCCGGGUCGCCCGUGUCGCUGCACACGGCCGUCAGCGCGGCGUCGUCGCGCGGCACGCUCGUGUCGCAGGGGGGACACGUCUACAGGAACGCUAGGCCCUACCGCAAGAACACACAUCCCAGAACCUCCCUCCCAGUGGCUCAGUUCAGCCGCGGCGACUUCUCCCUCUGGUCUGUGCUGAAGAACUGCGUUGGCAAAGAGCUGUCCAAGAUCACCAUGCCGGUGGUGUUCAACGAGCCACUGUCCUUCCUGCAGCGCAUGCUGGAGUACCUGGAGUAUGCCCAUCUGCUGCGCAUGGCGUCGGAGCAAACCGACCCUGUGGCGAGGAUGGAGUAUAUUGCUGCGUUCGCGGUGAGUGCGUUGGCGUCCAACUGGGAGCGUCUGGGCAAGCCGUUCAACCCGCUCCUGGGCGAGACGUAUGAACUUGAACGUCCGGAGUUCAGGGCGGUUUGUGAACAGGUAUCCCACCACCCGCCCGUGUCUGCGUUCCACGCGGACAGCCCCCACUUCGUGUUCCACGGGUCCGUGCACCCCAAGCUGAAGUUCUGCGGCAAGAGCGUCGAGAUACAGCCCAAAGGACAUGUCACUGUGGAGUUACCUAGAUGGGGCGAAGCCUACACCUGGAGCAACGUGAACUGCUGCGUCCACAACGUGAUCGUGGGCAAGUUGUGGAUCGAACAGUUUGGGGCCAUGGAGGUGACCUGUCAUGGCGGCGCUGGUCUGAAGGCCAACCUCGUGUUCAAACCCGCCGGCUUCAACAACAGGGACCUGCACAGAGUUGAUGGGUUCAUUGUCGAUGCCAACAAGAAGCGCAUAAAGUUCCUGUACGGCAAAUGGACGGAGUACAUAAAGUGCUGCAGUGCUGCCGCCUACGAGCAGUGGGCCAAGGAGCGCGGCGAGGAGGCCUCCUCACAGACUCCCUCACACACGCCUAAGAAGAUGCUCGCUAAGUUGAACAGCUUCAAAGUUGGAGCUCUCCGCUCUAUGUCUAUUCAAGACCCAGACGAUGCGGAGAACUCGGAGGAUGUUCCCAAGUCAGACGACACGAACAACAUCGAGAUCGCGGGCUCCGUCACCCUGUGGGAGGCGAGGCCGCGGCCUACUACUAGUGCACAGUACUACCAAUUCACGGAAUUCGCAAUGUCCCUAAAUGAGCUAGAGAGGGACAUGAAGGGCCAGCUGUGUCCCACGGACAGUCGACUGAGGCCCGACAUCCGACUGCUGGAGCAGGGAGACAUUGAUGGAGCCGCCACCGAGAAGACCAGGCUCGAGGAGAAACAACGGACUGCUAGGAAACUGCUCAAAAAGUCACCUGAGGCUUGGCAGCCUAGGUGGUUCAGUCAAGGCACAAACCCGUACACGAAACAAGAGGACUGGCUGUACAACGGAGGCUACUGGGACCGCAACUAUCAACACUUAAAGGACGUUGACAUUUUCUAAACCUACCUCUAACUCUGCCCAUACUCUCUACGUACAAACUUGAUGACUGGAAUCUGAUAGACAAAGAUACUAUAGAAGUUACAGAACAGCUAUUUAUUACCUAGUUUCUUUUAGCAGUUAAUAAUUAACUAUCUUUUACAUAUUAUAAUAAGCUACUUAUUGUAUAUUUUUGUGCCAAAGUUUAUUUAUAUGUUGUUUUUUAUAAGUUUGACGUAUGAUCUCUGCUCUGUACCCUUAGUACGAGUUUGCACGAAAACGAAAU